CGUCGUCCUUCUUGUUUGGGUCGACAGCCCACAUGCUAACCUCGUUUCCGUCGGCAUCGAGAGGUCGGAUAUCGCGAGAAAACUUCUUACCACCUAGGAGUUUGUCAGUCUGGUUGUUGGGCACGUGCUCGUGGUCAACAUACCUCCUCGUGCGGGCUUUCGAAACUUUCCUCCUCGGCCACGCGAGCCUCCUCCAGGGGGACCACCAGGAGCCAUGAUGGGUAAGCUGUGAGAGAAUAGGGACGAGGGAGGCGAGCUUUUUGGGGGGGCAGGAGUCUAUCUCGAGACUUUUGUGUUAUGACUUGUUCAGAUCGUUUAGGUCGGGAUAUUCUGUGUUGUCGAUUAUCACGCCGUCUCGCAAAUGAACGUUUGUUUGCUGGUCAACCUUGUUCAGCAGGGCGGGGUAGCGGGGUAGCUAAUGACGGCAGCUCUGAUAAACGAACAAGCACGAGAUGGAGUGAUGGACUGUUGGUCAGGAACUUUUGGGUGACGUUGCUUCUCUUAUAUACGAUCGCAAAUCGAAUUUCAAAUCACUGCAGGUGGAAUAUGGUUCAGAAUAUAAACCAUCUUUUCCCUCGGAGGUUUAUCAAGAAGCCUAAUUAUAACUUAAGUAGAACGCAGAAAAGCAAGACCUGGCUGGUAUGGCCCAAUCCUGAGUUGUCCACUGUACAGUACGUCGAAGCUUGAAAUAAAACAACG